AAUUAUUUCAGAGACGUACACGUUACAAUGGCAACAUGUAGCGACUGUGUGGUUGAAGGAAAUAACGUGAAUGAAGUUAAAGAAGGUGAUGAAGCAUUUGAUCCGGGAGCUGCUCCGUUUGGAAACUUUAUAAAUUAUUACACAUUCAAUCCACCAGAGAACCGCCUGAGUCUGAUCCCAGCUUCUCUCCUACAAGAUUUAGGAUUCAGCCGAGACCAACAGAGCACACUCAUCCUGGAUGUGGGCUGCAAUUCUGGGGACCUGAGUGUAGCCUUUUAUAAACAUGUGGUGCACGAAGAAGAGCGUACGGGGAACAAGGUUCAUCUCCUGGGCUUCGACCUGGAUGAAGCUCUGAUUCAGCGAGCUCUGCAGACAAACCCUCUGCCCAGCAGAAUCUCCUUCAUCCCUCUGGACAUCACUGCAGAUAGUGAGCCACUGCAGAGCUACCUCCACCAGCACGGUUGUUCCAACUUCCACUUGACUCUUUGUUUGGCUGUCACAAUGUGGGUCCAUCUGAACCACGGAGACUCCGGCCUGUUGGAGCUUCUCUCCUGUCUGGCCUCCAUCAGCAGUCAUCUACUGCUAGAAGCUCAGCCCUGGAAAUGUUACCGUUCAGCCGCGCGGCGGCUCAGAAAGAUCGGACGCUCAGACUUUGAUAUCUUUAAGACCCUGAAGAUUCGGGGAGAUGUGGCAGCACAUGCAAAGGAACACUUAGAGAAACAGUGUGGCAUGGAGUUGAUCCAGAGCUACGGCAGCACAGUGUGGGACAGGAAACUGCUGCUGUUCAAGAAGAGACCAGGCUCAGAAUCAGUGACUCAGUGAAGAUAACAGCACAAACGAUGCUGUGGACAAAAUAUGACCCAAUAAUGUUUUCUGCGUGAUUCUUUUUUAUCUUUGCUCAUUUAAGUUGAGGGGUUUUUUUUAUUUUUGGUAUGUUGAUUAUUGUAUGUUUCAACAUAAUUAUAUAUAUAAUUAAAAUGAUCAUUAAACAUAGCCACUGUUGAAAAUCUCUGGUUUUAGAAAUCCCAAAACUGUUUGAUUGGAUGUUGAUUCACAAGUACAAACUGUGUAGGUUUUGUGGGUUGUGCAGUAUACAGUAAAAG